UUUAUUAAAAUGACCAAGUUUUUUUUGGGUAAGAAUGUUAGAUUCAUGGUUACUAUGUUGUUCAGUUUCUCUGCUUCUUGGUUUACUAUAUUGUUUUGUAGAAAAAUUAAAAGCUUGGUAAAUUGACAAAGUUAUUCUAACCUUAAACUCUACUAACACCCAUAUUGGAGAAAGAUGAAAGUGAAAAGCAUGGAGCAACUUCUUCGGUUUCCAUAGAUUCGAAGGAUUUAAAACUCUAUUCAUGUAUUCCAAUGACAAAGAAAUUGCUAGAGACAAAACUUGAAAAUCUCAACACAAAAUGGAGGACGAUGAUGUCAUCUGACUCUGUUGAAUCAAAAUUGGUUAAUUAUGAAUCAUCUGACUUUUUUAUUGUAAAACAUUUCUCACUGUAGAGGUUUCACCAUCUAGAAGUGUUAUGGUAUACGAACCAAUGUCAUGGCAACACUCAUGGAAAAUGGUGUGAGUAAAGAAGGAAUCAAAAUCAACAAAUCCUUGUUGUUCUUUGCUGAUGAUGACUUCAGCAAUCGGCUUUAAAAUAUGUUCAAACCUGGAAAAGAAAUGUAGUAAGAACUAAAUUCUUAAUAUGGUUUAAAUCAACCUUUAUGUAAAGAAGUUUAUAUGUGCACUCCUCCAUUCAUUGUCAUAAGCUAAGGAUCUUUGAGAGUUGUAAUACCUGAUUUUGAUGUUCUUGAUAUAGAGGAAUUGAUCUAAAUCAGAAGUUUCUCAUACCUAAAGAUAUAGAUGUGAGUCAUGUGACAAUGUAUUGGACUAUUGGGUAAAAGAUUGAGACGAGCAAAGAGGAAUUGGUUUAGGAAGUCAUUUAAUAAUUAGUACUACAUAUCUUGUUUUUCUACUCUUUUAUUCUCAGCUUGUGUUAUUUUUUGUACUCAAAACUGAUUUUACAGUUACAUGGAAAAUGCAGCUAGAGCUAGUACAUUUCUUUUCUCUACGGAACUGUUGUUGAAACAACUAUGACAUCAUUUGCCCUAUAGGCCAAAAGUAAUGAUAUUAAAAGGAAUUUGUCAGUGGACUAACUUAAAACAAAUGUCUUGGCGUGGAUUAAAUUAAUUAAUAGUACAAGACAAGAGCCAGAAGACAUUCCUGACCUACGUUUAAGUACUGUAUAGUAAUCAUUAAGCAAGGGAUAUACUUAUUUUAAGUCGAUGAAUCUUAACUCUAAUCUUGGACGUUAUCGGGUUACGAUGUUUGGAUCCGAUCUGAUGAAACACUCACAGCAAAGUGGCCAAGGCCAACAAAAGAUACUUGUCAAAUCUAACCGUUUUCUCCGGGUCGGGUCGGACUGCUAAUUAGAAAAAGAAGCGAAGGAACCAAACGAUGACGUUUAGAAACUAAGACUGGCUAGCUAACGAACGACUUCACUUCAUUCCUACUCUUCCUCACUCUCUCCUCCUCCUUAAAUUCGAUUCCUUUCGUUCUCAAUCGGGAAAGUCAUCUCCUUUAGGGCUCUCCCAAGUCAAAAAAAGGAUAUUUUUUUCUCGUCACUGUUCCAAAGAUCUCUCUUUUUGUUUUUAGUAUAUGUAAUAAUCAAAGCUUACUCAUUCCCGUGAUCCCCAUUGAGCAACUUGCCCUCGCCUUUUGAUUUCGCUACAACAUUUCUUAACAAUGACUUUGACUGAUGUUUUUUGUUUGUUUUCAAUACUAUACUGUAUUUGUCAUGUCUCUAUACUGAUAGUGAUAGGCUUAUGUCUUUAAUUUUAUCUCAGCCUUGAAAUCUUUUCCUCUGCUAUGACUUUGACUGAUGUUUUUUGUUUGUUUUCAUGUUAAUAAUAGACCAAUGUUACAGUGCUUUCCACGAUGAAGAGUGGGGAGUUCCCGUCCAUGAUGACAAGAAACUUUUCGAGUUGUUAAGCCUGUCUGGUGCUCUUGCUGAACUAUCCUGGAAAGACAUCCUUUCCAAAAGACAAUCAUUCAGGGAAGUGUUCAUGGACUUUGAUCCAGUUGCAAUAUCUGAACUAACUAACAAAAAGAUAACAUCCCCUGACUCAUUACUAUCAGAGCAGAAGCUACGGUCCAUCCUCGAGAACGCAAACCAAGUUCGCAAGAUAAUAGUUGAGUUUGGAUCGUUUGACAAGUACAUUUGGAACUUCGUUAACCAUAAGCCUACUCAAAGUCAGUUCCGGUACCAACGCCAAGUCCCUGCAAAGACUUCCAAAGCUGAGCUGAUAAGCAAAGACCUUGUUCGCAGAGGCUUUAGAAGUGUUAGUCCAACUGUUAUCUACUCCUUCAUGCAAACAGCUGGUCUCACUAACGACCAUCUCACUAGCUGCUUCAGACACCACGAGUGUAUAUCCAAGGAUGAAGCCUAGUUUAACAUUGUGCUGCUUAGUUUGUUGUUAUGUGUUUGCAUUUGUACAUGUGUUUUGUUGUCAAACUAGGAGUAGUUUCUUGAUUAUGUGAGAUUGCUUUGAAAACGAUUACUUCAUGUUACAUAUAAUAGAUUCUACUCUC